AUGGAGACUGCCUUUGAAACGAACGAGGUUCACGAACAGCAGACAAGUGGUCCCAAGCGAAGCAGCACGGCGGCCCGACCUAGUCGACUUGCUCGAGAUAAGAAGAAAGCUCAAAACAAAGCCGCCCAAAGAAGCUUUAGAGAGAAAACGGAGCUGCAUUUGCAUUAUCUGGAGUCUUUUGUCGAGGCUGUCAAGUCAACGCAGAAUGAUGAUGCAAACGACGGUAAUCAGCGACUUUUACGAGCUCAUUUACAGCUACUUGAAGACUACCGACGACUUCACGAAUCGUUCGUCAAACUUCGCCAAAAGUUACAAAGCAUCGGCCAGUCCGCGCUGACUGCUGCUGAUGAUGAUUCGUUUGAUGAAGUGGAACGGGUGGUCGAAAAUUACAACGAUAACAUAACUGGAGCUCAGGCAAAUGCAGAGCUGCUUGAUCAUAUUAAUAACCCGAUGGACGUCACCCAGAGCAACUCUUUGGCCAGUCAAGAUGCACAUUUUGUGGGAUUGAACACAGCGAGCGACAACCAAACUAUGAUCGACCAACCAAGAAGUCCUAAUUCAUUGGUUCAACAUUUUACGAAUAUACGAGACAUUAGUCUCCAAGGACUCUCCUAUUCAAAUCAUUAUACUCUGAACAGCACUGUUAACGUGGUCAACUCCAAAUCCCUAUUCGCAGACAAAGUAGAAGGGGCCUGCAAGCAAUUCUUGUCCCAGAUCUCUCAAAAUACCGUGGACUGGAAGGAUCUGUGGCUGAACCCAUUGGAAAUCAAGACUAGCCUCGCUUCUGUCGCAAUCAGGCUGAUAAGCGAGCUAUCUGGACUCGGAAUCUUGAUUUAUGGUUCGGUUAGUUGA